AUGGUCGACACGUCCACAGAACGCCUUGCUUCAUCUCACACCAACUCGCCAAAAUCCACGCAUGAAUCUCACAUGACGACGUUCGAGAGUGCCCCGGUAGCUCCCCCGAUCCCGGGCUCCGAGACCGCCGAGUUGAGUGUGCCAUCCUUGUCAGAGCGCUUGGCGGCUCUCGCACACCUUGCAUCGGCAUUGACAUCGGCAUCGACGGAGAGUGAGCACGAGGAUGAAGCAGCACAAUCAAUCCACUCCCACCUCGAUGCGAUUGAAACCAUCCUUCGCGACCCGCGUCCGGCGCUGUCGCGUGAGGUAGCAAAGUGUCGACCGGAUGGUGUUUCGUACGGUAGAUCGGAUAGAUCUCGCGCAUCAAGUCUUUCGUCACAAGCCCCAAAUCAGCAUCGCAACGGCCCACAGAUUGAGAAUGGGUUCAAUAAGACGGAGAUGCUGGCGCAGCUGUCGACUCUGUUGAUCGAGGUAAAAGGGCUGCAUGCGCAGUUGGGAGAGCGUCGCAAGGAGACGAGUCAGAUAUGUGAUCUGUACGAAGAGAGGUGUCGCGGGUUGGAAAGAAGAGUGGCUGAGUUGGAGCUGGAAGUCGUGGAAUUAAAAUCAGACCUGGUCGAAGAUGCCGUCGAGCUGGAAGGCAUUCAGGGAACUAUUCUUGGCCUCCAGACUUGGAUCGAUAGUCUCCAGGCGGAGCAAGUAAUGCUUCGACGACAACGAUACCUUGCGCAGCAUAAGGCGCGACGGAAAAGAUGGGCCAAUGGCCAGAAAAUUGGCGACUACGAAGAUCUUGGAGCCGAUACAAAGGUUGAUGAUAUCCUGGAAGGUCUUGACGCGUGGAUGCGUGGGCUGCGAGACGUGGAAGAGGGGUUCCGAUCUCGGGCACGCGCACGACGCAAGAGACGAGAACGGAGACCGGACAUGCUGGAGAAAAUCUCCCGAACAGAGAAAGAAGACAGGGGUGCAAAUGUAGAUACCGAUACUGGAUUGUGGAGUAGAGCCCUUCCGGCCCAGCUUCUUUGA